AUGUCCAUUGUUAAUUUGAAGAUACUUUCUUUCAAGACAUACUCAAAAGCAGAAUGCAUUCCCUUCUCGCCGUUUACUUGCAUAGUAGGCCCGAACGGAGCAGGAAAAAGUAACUUAGUGGAUGCCCUUCUAUUUGUACUCGGAGCAAGCCCUUCGGAAAUCAGAGGAACCCUUCCUGCCAGAGAUAGCCCACCGCCCACAGCAGUAGAGCUGUCUUUUAGGGAGAAAAGCGGGGUGGUUACAAGAAUAAAAAGAGAGCUGGUGAAUGAAGCAUCCUUUUUCUAUAUUGAGGAAACGAAGGUCUCGCAGUCUGACUACUACGCGUAUCUUGAAUCACAGAAUAUCUCCACUGUCCACAGGAACUUCCUUAUUUCGCAAAACGAGUCUUUGAUUAAAUCGCCAAAAGAUCUCACCAAAUUCAUAGAUAAAAUAUCAGGGUCAUCUCUGCUUAAAAGCGAGUAUAAAGACCUGAAGCAGCAGAAAGACACUCUGACAAAAGAGUACCAUGAGAUAGUGGAAAGAAAGAGAACAGCAGAAACAUCAGCAAAGGAGUACGAGCAGGUAGUAUCGAUGCAAACCAAGCACAGAUCACUUAUAUCUCGUAGAAGGAUACUCGCAAGCUCAAAAAUAAAAAAAAGAAGAAUUCUUAUCAGAGACGCAAAAAGAGAUCUGCAGGAUAGACUAGCUGCAAUAGAAGAGAAAACAGAAGGCAGCACAUCACAAAAAAUUCACAAGGAGAUGGCAGACAUUCAAACUUCGCUUAUAAAAGCUAGAGCAGCCAGAGCAGGAGCGAAACAGCAGCAGGACAUAAAAAUGAGAAAAAAAGAGCAAGAAGCUCGGGACAUAGAAAGCCUGCAUGAAGAAGAAAUGAAGCUGCAGGAGAAGAUAUCUGAAGCACAGGCACAGAUAGAUGACUGCGCUUGGGCGAUUAGUAAAGCUGAGAGUCUAUCGAAGAGCCAUCCUGCAUGGAAUGAACACUAUCAGAGAGAAAUUCUCAUCCGAACACUCACACAGAUUCAAAGAAUAGAAGACUCAAAGAGCAUUUUACAGCUGAGACUAGCAGUGAAUGAGCUAAAAAGAGAGAUAAAAGAGACAGAGCAGCAGGAAAGAGAGGAAAAAGAGAUGGAAGCAGAAGAGGAGAAUAGCAACACACGGCUAUCGCAGUUGAAUCAGUCGCUUUUGGAGAGUCUUAAGGCCCUUUCCAGCAGAGUAUCGCGAGUAAAAGAAGCUGAGUACAGUUCUCGGCUGGGCUAUCUCAUAAACAGAAUUAAAUCAACCAUUCCGCAGGUUAUUGGGCGAGUGACUGAUCUCAUAUCAGCUGCAGAUCAGAAAUACAGCAGUGCAAUACAUGCACUUCUCUACGCGAAAAGAAAUACGAUUAUUAUAGAACAGGAGAAACACGUGCUUCCAAUUCUCAACGGCCUUUCGCAGUCUGGAGCAGGAAGGGUGACUAUUCUGCCAUUGAACAGACUGAACAUAGGAUACAAUAGCAAGGAUAUAGGCGAUGAAAACAAUCCAUCAGCUGGAAGAAAUAGCGAUGUUCCAUCUGGGUAUAUACGGUGCAGAGAUGUCAUUCAAUUAUCUCGAGAAGUACAGGGUGAGAGUGAGAAGAUAAUUUCGUAUGCAUGCGGCAAUGCUCUGAUCUAUUUGGGAGAAGGAUCGCCUGAAUAUACAAAAGAAAAAGUGGUCACUCUUGACGGGAUAGUUAUUUCAAAAGAUGGAAUGGUACGAAAGAUAUCGAUGCAGAAUGAUGCCCAGGAGAUAAGAGAGCUAGAGAACAGAAGAGAUAGAAUAUUGGAAGAGAUAAAAAUAGAAAAUCAGAGAACUGUUGCAUCGAAUGAAAGGACGAGCAUUACAUACAAAAAGUCAAGCAAAGUAGUGGAGAUGGAAAAAAGGCUGGAGGAUGCGCAGAAAGAGCUGGAAGAGGCGGAGAGCGACAUAAAAGAGCAGGUGGAGAAGAUAGCAGAAAAUGCAGGACUUCCCAUGGAGAUAGUAAAACAGGCUAAAGACCAGGGAAUAGUGGACUCAUCGUCAUCUGAUAGAAAGCUGCUGCAAAUAAAAAGAAAAGAAGUUUCUUGGAAAAACAGGCUGGAAGAUCUUACGGCCCAGCUGCAGAACCUUCAGGAGAGCAUUCCAAAGGAGAGAGGAGAAACAGAGGUAGAGUCUGAGAAAGAGAGCACCGCUGAGCUAGACGAAGAAAUAAAAGCGCUAGAAGACGCUCUUUUGGAGCUAUCAAAGAAACUGGAGCCAUCUCUGGAAAUAGAAACAAAAGUAAUCAAAGAGCAGAUAGUGCUGCUAGACGAUGAAAUCGAAGAGAUAGAGCAGUACAUGGCAGAGGAAGGACUGACUGAAGAGACUAUCUCAGAAGCACCAACCAAUACAGCGGAAGAUGAUCUUGAUAAACUUGAAAGAGAGAUAGGCGCAGUGUCUAAAUUCCUAUCUCAGAAGGGAUCGGUGGUGGAAACACACCAGCUGUACGUACAGCUAGAGAAAGAAGCUGAAGAAAGGAAAAAUAUCUUGAAUGAAGUUGUUAGACAGUUCCAGAAAAUAAAAAAAGAAAGGGCUAGUCUCUUCCUGGGAAUAUUUGACAAGAUAAAUGCCCUGAUAAACAAACACUACGCGCGGCUAACAGACAAUCCGUCAGGACAUGUAAGAGCGCACUUAGGCCUAGAAAAUCCCCUAGAGCCGUAUCUUGCAGGCACGCAGAUAUUCGUGAUGCCAACUGGAAAAACAUUCAGAGAGGCUAAGUAUCUGUCAGGCGGUGAGAAAACAAUGGUUGCAAUUUCUCUGCUGCUGUCAAUAGAUGCCCUCUACCCGUCUUUAUUCUACAUCUUUGAUGAGCUGGAUGCAGCUCUGGACAAAGACAAGAUAUCUUCCCUAAGAGAGUCACUCCAGGAGAUCAACGCCCAGUUCAUUGCUGUAACACACAGGCUGGAGCUAUUUGAAACAGCAGAUACUCUCAUUGGAGUAGCAAAGCCUCCCAAGGGCCACUCGCAGAUAUUUACUCUUAAGCUGUAG